ACUAGCAGCUUCUCCUACACCUCGGCAGCUACGGCUGCCGUUUCACUCACACCCUGCCCAGCCAGCUCUCGCCAUGGCUGCCACUGGGGGGAACUGUCCCAAUGACGGAGCUAUGGCUGGCGAUGAACCACCAGAGCCGCACUCCGCGUUGCACUAACUGCUUGCGUCAGUCACACCUUCUGCUAAGUCGCUCCCAGUACAACCUGCAGUGACGUCUAGCUCUGCCCCACUGCCCGAGUCUUGUCCUCCCUCGCUAGGUCAGGAGGUCUCCCAGAGUACCAUAGCACCUACCAAGGUGAUCAAUCCUGCCCCGUCUCCCAUUGCUUCCGCGCAACGGGAGACCCAACCGCUCCCUGAUCCUGUGUCGGUCCGUGCGGAGGAUCCUUCAGUCACGGCGUCAGAAGGCUCGCCAAAGACUGGACUACCACCGUGGCGUUCAAGGAGCAGCGCUCCUGUGCAGCCUCCCGGAUGCAUCGUACCUGAGUCAAGCGUCGCUGCGUAGAGGCGUGCCGAGCGGUGCACGCCAUCGGGGCCGACCCCUAUGGACCGGCCCGAGUCCAGCGCCGCUGCAUCGAGGCGUGUCGAGCGCAGCCGGCUUCGACGCCGGCGGACCGGCCCGAGUCUAGCGCGGGCACCACGCGUCUGCUCAGAACAUGCAGGGGACAAUGGGAAAUGCGGCCGCAAGGGGAAGGGUGCGACUGACGUCCAAUCGCAAGCAUUCAAACGCCAUGCCGCCACCAACAAGCACAAGCUCGCGAUGCAGCGGCAGAACAAUCUCCUUCAAGCGGCAACGCGGCAACCACACAUUGACCACCAUCAUGCAGCUGUGGACGUGGAGAAGGAGCGCGCCAUGGCUCUGCUGGACGCGCUGCUGUUCAACUGCCAGAGCAAUGAGCCCAUGGAGGCGUGGGUUCGGCUGGUGAAGUAUCUGGCAAAGAGGGGAGUGCAUGGCUUUCCCAAGAAAGCCUACGGCAGCUACUACAGCGCGUACGGCUUUGGAGAAUUCACCCAGGCAACCACGACAUGGCUUGGGACAACACAGAUGGACCACAUUCGAGCCCGUCCCUACCUCGGUCUAAGCUGCGAUGAGUCCACGGAUCGGUGCCGCGGGAAGCACCUCAUUGUCUACGCAACCUUCGUCAAGAACGGUGUAGUGGUUACAGAGUUUCUCACCCUCCUGACCGUCGACCGAGCUGAUGCAGCCUCUCUCCUCGCCUUGCUUCUGUCGUACCUGGGAGCCAUCGGCAUCGACCUCAACCGCAUUACCGGCAUCAACACAGAUGGAGCUGCAGUGAUUACAGGUGUUCGGAAUGGUCUUGUGGCAAGGCUACGCACCCGCAUUCGUCAUUUGGUCUCCUGCCACUGUAUUGCUCACAGGGAAGCGCUGGCGGCCAAGGAUGCGGCAGACUCUUUGCCGCAGUUCGGAAUGGUGGAUGCUUUCACCCGGUGGUUGGCGGAGUUUCUCGGUCGGUCGGGCCCGUGGCACCAGUGCUUCUUGGACCUCCAAGAAACGUUUUGCCAGACGAGUCUCGAGCUGCAAGGCAUCUUCAACGUCCGCCGGCUCUCUCGCGAUUGACUACGUCGCCGUUCAGUCCAAGGGGUUGACGCCGACGGCCGCCCCUCAACGCACACGUACCUGUUUCAUGAUGAUCCCAUCGACAGCUACGACGACAUCGUGGAUCUCUGCACGGCAAUGGCUGAGGCGAUGGUCGGCAAUUUUCUUGACCGGCCAGGCGAUCUGGACUCACUGUCU